AGAGAGAGAGAGAGAGAGAGAGAGAGAGAGAGAGAGAGCUCUUCAUUAACAGACAGCAGCAGCAGCACACAGAUGAAACAAUGAUCCAGAUCUGUGAUGAUCAACUCAUAUUUCUCCUGCUGCUCCUCGUGUCAGUCAUGGCAUGUGAGACGAAAGAGAUCUUGACUUUCACUGCACAUGAAAGAGGAACAGUUGAGAUAAAGUGUCCAUAUGAGUCUGGAUAUGAAGCAAAUGAGAAGUAUCUCUGCAGAGGAGAAUGUCCAAGAGUGAAUAAAGACAAAGUUGUUGAAUCUGGAUCAUCAGCUCGAGACAAGAGAUUCUCUCUGACUGCUGACAAAACAGUCCACAUCUUCACCGUCACCAUCACUGAUCUGAGAACAGAGGAUCAAGGACAGUACUGGUGUGGAGUAGACACAGGGCUGUUGAAACUGGAUGACUUUACAAAGGUUCAUCUGGACAUUAAACAUGUGUCCCGAGUGUCUGCUGUGACUGGACAGCAUCUGAAUAUUUCCUGCCAUUAUAAAAGUGAACUGAAGAAUGAUGUCAAAUUCAUCUGCAAAGGAAGCGACCCGUCCGUCUGUGUAACAUCAGCUAUCAGAACUUCAUCAGAGAUCAAGAGUUAUGGCCGUUUCUCUCUGAGUGAUAAUGAAUCUGCAGGAGUCUUUACUGUGACCAUCACUGAUCUGACAGAAGAGGAUUCUGGGAUAUACUGGUGUGGAGCUGCACCGAGAGGACAAGAGCACAAGUGGAUCUCAGUGACAGACCUGAUCGUUUCUGCUGACACAUCAGAGAGUGCGUCACCUAAACCAACAACAACAACAACUAGAGCUUCAUGUCACACCAGCAAACCAGCGACAGAAGAUACUGCCUCCAGCAGACCUACCACAUCUUCAUCAUCAUCAUCAUCAUCUUCAUCAACAUCUCCUUCAGUGUCAGUGUUUUUCUCACUGUCUGCUAAUGAAGUGUCACCAAAACCACAACCAGGUUUAACACCAAUCAUCAUCAUGGUGAUGGUCUUAGGGAUACUGACAGGGUUUGGACUCUUAUUCUUCAUAUACUUAAGACAGAGGCAAAAGAAAGAAGGAACGCAGUGCACAGAUGUCGGUCAUGGCCCGAGUAAGAAUCCGCCCGGUGGAGAUAUGAGAAAAACUACAGAAACAGAAUGUGUUUAUGAAGACAUCAGUAACACUCUUGAUCAUCCAGACUAUAGUCUGGUCCUUCCAGCAUUUGCUGAACAUGACGACUCUGUUUAUGCUCUAGCACAAUUACCCAGCAGCCCCUCUGUCGAAAUCAACUACUCCAGCGUCAGAUUUACAGCAGCACAUCAUUCAGACAGGACUUCUGACGGACAGGAAACAUGCGUCUACACAACUGUUAGACCAUGAAAGACUGAGGACAUGCAGGUUUAAUUUGAGUCACACCAAACUAGGACUCCAGAUCCUCCUCCUCCUCCUCACAUGCUUUGUGAUUUUAAAUCUGUGGCCUUAAUGUUAAGAUUAAAUCAGUAUUAGAGAAAUAA